AUGAACAUGGACCAGGGCUUCCAAGUGCCCAGCAGCACUGCCACCACCCCAAAGCAGACAGGCCUCGACCGUAUACUCGAAAACCCUUCUUCCAGCCUCGAGCACAGUUCCCUGCUACCUAGACGGUUUGGAAAUGCAGUACCCACGACAGCGGACAUCAAGACGAGUGAAAACAUGCACGUUGGACAGCCGCUGCGUCCCAGCCUCUUCCCAGAGACAACCCGGCCAGGAAUCCAGCCGUUUGGCCUCACAGGUUCAUAUAGCUGGAAUGAUGGGGGGGAAUCGCCCGAGCAGUUGGUUUACCGCCUCCAGCAGGGCUUCAGCCCCAACUAUUACGGCAAUAUUUUUGCAGAGCGCAAUAAGAGCGCCAACGUGCCAGAUCACGAGAACUGCUCAGUGUUUCUGACGGGACUGCCGAUCGGCACGACCGUCCGAUGCCUGCUGGAGAACAUCUGCAACUUUGGGCGUGUGUAUUCGACGCACAUCAACCCGCCGGAUGUAGCAACCGGCCACCUGCACAGCGCGGCCAAGAUCGUCUUCUUCGACGCCUUCUCGACGCAAAAGUUCAUCCACCACUGCGGCACGGAGGGCAUGCAGAUCCGUGGCCACGUCGUGCGUGCAGUUCACAACCGGGUCAAGAGCUAUGCGGCCCGGGAGAGCCGGAUGGCCUCGCGCGUGCUCCUCAUCUACGGGCCGGUAGAGAUUGUCAACCCGCAAUCGCUCAACGACUUCUUCUCACGCUUCUUCAAGUACGAAGUCGACUGCAUCAUCAGCCACGGCGCCAGUCGCCACACGCCCGACUGCGUCCUCGUCGAAUAUCGCUUCGCCAGCUACCGAUGCCAGGCCCAGUCGGCCAAGAAGUGGCUCCGCUCAUCCUUUCCGGGCUCCGUCGACGUGUUCUAUGGCGAGGAUCCCUGCGCCCUGCCGCCGUCCCGGAUCGCUAACGAGCGCUUCCUCUGGGAUAUGUUCUGGGGCACCAAGACUACCACACGGGCUAUCAUGAUGGACAUGGCCGAGCAGCAGGCCGUUGCCGCGGCUACUGCCAGAAUGACGUCCGGCGUGCGGCCCUCUAAUCGAUGGACCCCACCCAAUGACCGCCAAUGCGUGUUUGAGUGA